AUGCGCUGCGCUGCCAUGCGAUGCCGAGUAAGAAAAUUCGCCGAUGGGCGAGACGACAUGUGCAGCGGUGCGGCACGGGGCGGCGUCACAGUGGCGCAUAUGGAUGCCGAGAACUAUCAGACCGAUAUGCACACAACGACCCAAUCAAGCUCUCGGUCCAAACGGAAAAUUUUCAUGGUUUCGUGA